GUACACUCGGCUCACACACCACACACACACACACACACACACACACACACACACACACAGUCUGGCUCUCCAUAGUCUGGGAAGUAAGGCUGCUCUGUUCUACAUGGCAGGAUAUUGUUAUUCAUUCCGUCUUGGUUAAGGCUAGUGAAGGAGCUAGGGGAUUGCACGUUGCCAAGGCAACACAGCUUUGUGUACUAAUUAGACUGUACUAGUUCUCCUCUCUACUGGUUUGGCUUUUCUUAUUUAAAUGGAAGGACUAUACCACGAUAUUUCAAGGAUUUCCUACUACACAGAAUAUGACAGACACCUAGCACACAGCAAAGGCAUGGCGACAGCUUACCUGGACCCCAACCUCAACCACGCCCUGGCUGGGGGGGCCAAGUCACGCCUCAGCGUGGGCACAGGCACGGCCACCGAGCGGGCCCCCGGUGCUCCAGACAGGGUCCUGAAGGUCUUCCAUCACUUCGAGAGCAACAGCGAGCACAGCACAUGGGCCAGCAACAUCCGCCAUGGGGACGCCACUGAUGUCAGGGGGAUCAUCCAGAAGAUUCUGGACAUCCACAAGGUGAAGUGCGUGACGUGCUUCGGCCUGCGUCUCAGCCACUCCCAGUCCGGCCAGGUCCACUGGCUCCACCCUGAUAUGGGCGUGUCCCACGUGAGGGAGAAGUAUGAGCAGAACCGCUCCCAGGAGGAGUGGAGAUAUGAGCUGCGUAUUCGCUACCUUCCAAAAGGAUUCCUGCACCACUUCAGUGAAGACAAACCCACACUCAACUACUUCUACCAGCAGGUGAAAAAUGACUACAUGGUGGAGAUAGCGGAUCAGGUUGAGCAAGACAUUGCCCUUAAGUUGGGAUGCCUUGAAAUCAGGAGAUUCUUCCGGGAGAUGCGGGGAAAUGCCCUGGACAAAAAAUCUAACUAUGAACUAUUAGAAAAAGACGUGGGCUUAAGAAGAUUCUUCCCCAAGAGUUUACUGGAUUCAGUCAAGGCCAAAACCCUGCGGAAGCUGAUCCAGCAGACAUUCAAACAGUUUGCCAACAUGAAUGAUGACCAGAGCAUCCUCAUGUUCCUGGAGAUUCUGGCACCCGUCUACAGAUUCGAUAAGGAGUGUUUUAAAUGUGCUCUCGGGUUGAGCUGGGUCAUCCAAGUAGAGCUAGCCAUUGGACCUGAGGAGGGCAUUAGCUACCUCACAGACAAGGGCUCGACUCCAACCCACCUUGCCAACUUCACCCAGGUGCAGACCAUUGGGUACUCCGUCAUGGAGGACAAGGAGAGGAAGGGCAUGCUACAGCUCAACGUGGCCGGUGCUGCUGAGCCUCUCACAGUGACCACGCCGUCACUCACCACAGCUGAAAACAUGGCCGACCUCAUAGACGGCUACUGUCGCCUGGUCAACGGAGCCACCCAGUCCUUCAUCAUACGGCCACAGAAAGAGGGAGAGAGAGCAUUGCCGUCAAUCCCCAAGGUACCCAACAAUGAGAAGAAGGUAGUAGAGGGGGUGGUCCGGAGCGCCGGGGUGCGUGCCAUCUCUGUCUCAGAGGAUUGUAGUGGGGAUGAGACAGACGAUUAUGCUGAGAUUAUAGACGAAGAGGAAACCUACACCAUGCCCUCAACCACCUCUCUUUAUCCUAACCGCCCAGCAGUGAGCUAUGGAGUAGACGAAGCCAGGGACUAUGAGAUCCAGAGAGACAGGAUCGAGCUUGGACGCUGCAUCGGAGAGGGACAGUUUGGAGACGUCCACCAGGGAGUCUACAACAGCCCGGAGAAUCCCACUCUGAACGUGGCCAUUAAAACGUGCAAGAACUGCACAUCGGACAGCGUGCGCGAGAAGUUCCUUCAGGAAGCAUUGACCAUGCGUCAGUUCGACCACCCCCACAUAGUGAAGCUGAUCGGUGUGAUCACAGAGAACCCGGUGUGGAUCAUCAUGGAGCUGUGCACGAUGGGAGAGUUGAGGUCCUUUUUACAAGUAAGGAAGUACAACCUGGACCUGUCAACGUUGGUCCUGUUCUCCCACCAGCUCAGCACAGCCUUGGCCUACCUGGAGAGCAAACGCUUUGUCCAUAGGGACAUUGCUGCCAGGAACGUGUUAGUGUCUUCCACAGACUGUGUGAUGCUGGGAGACUUUGGCCUCUCCCGCUAUAUGGAGGACAGCUCCUACUACAAAGCUUCCAAAGGGAAACUUCCAAUCAAAUGGAUGGCUCCAGAGUCCAUCAACUUCAGACGCUUUACCUCAGCCAGUGAUGUGUGGAUGUUUGGUGUGUGCAUGUGGGAGAUCCUCAUGUACGGUAUCAAGCCCUUCCAGGGGGUGAAGAACAAUGAUGUCAUCGGGCGGAUAGAGAACGGAGAGCGUCUGGCCAUGCCUCACAACUGUCCCCCCACCCUGUACAGCCUGAUGACCAAGUGCUGGGCCUACGACCCCAGCAAGAGACCCCGCUUCACAGAACUCAAAACCCAGCUCAGUACUAUCCUGGAGGAGGAGAAGGCCCAGCAGGAGGAGAGACUGAGGAUGGAGAUGAGACGUCAGGUCACUGUGUCCUGGGACUCAGGGGGUUCUGACGAGGCCCCCCCUAAACCUAGCAGACCUGGUUACCCCAGUCCUCGGUCUAGUGAAGGAUUCUACCCCAGCCCUCAGCAUGCUGGACAGCUCAACCAUUACCAGGUUGGGUACCCUGGCCCCCACGGCAUGCCCGCUAUGCCCAGUGGAGGGUACUCUCCCCAGGCCGGUGUUCUGGACCUUCAGGAGGCCUGGAACCACCACCGACCAGGAGACGUCCCCAUGUGGUCCCCCAACAUGGAGGAUGGAGGUGCGUUGGACAUGCGUGGUCUGGGCCAGGCGCUGCCCCCCCACCUGAUGGAGGAGAGGCUGAUGAUACAGCAGCAGCAGAUGGAGGAGGACCAGCGCUGGUUGGAGCAGGAGGAGUGCUUCCUGAAGCCAGAAUCCAGGAACUCGCGGGGCAGCAUUGACCGGGAGGACUGCAGUCUCCAGGGGCCGACAGGAAACCAACACAUAUACCAACCAGUGGGACUGGGGAAACCAGAGCAUGUGGCCCCUCCUAAGAAGCCUCCUCGUCCUGGAGCCCCCAGCCACCUGGGCAGUCUGGCCAGCCUCAACCCUGUAGACAGCUACAACGAGGGGGUCAAGCCCUGGAGGAUCCAGCCUCAGGAGAUCAGCCCCCCCCCCACGGCCAACUUGGACCGCUCCAACGACAAGGUGUAUGAGAAUGUGACGGGUCUGGUAAAGGCUGUUAUAGAGAUGUCCAGUAAGAUCCAGCCAGCCCCUCCAGAGGAAUACGUCCCUAUGGUCAAGGAGGUGGGACUAGCGUUGAGAACCCUAUUGGCCACAGUGGACGACACCAUGCCAGUUUUACCUGCAAGCACACACAGAGAGAUUGAGAUGGCCCAGAAGCUGUUGAACUCUGACCUGGCCGAGCUGAUCAACAAGAUGAAGCUGGCCCAGCAGUACGUCCUCACCAGCCUGCAGCAGGACUAUAAGAAACAGAUGCUGACGGCCGCACACGCCCUGGCCGUCGACGCCAAGAACCUGCUGGACGUUAUCGACCAGGCCCGGCUCAAGAUGAUCCAUGCCCAGUCCCAGGGGUCACACUAGCCCCCUCCGACUCCUAGCUCCCUGGGCAUGGAAGACCUCUGAGGGGAGGGAUAUAACAGAGGGAAAGGGGGCUGGUGCUGUGGAAAUGGGGCUGGUGCUGUGGAAAUGGGGCUGGUUGGUUUCAGCUCCCAUAGCAGUCAUAGACUGCACAAUAAGUCACAAGUCAAGACGGCUCAGCUCGUACCUCGAUCAGAGCUCCUGACACUACAGGACAGAGACAGAAUUGGUCACUCGAUUCGAUCGUACCGUUCCACACCCUUCCUGAAAGCUGUUUUAUAGGCUUCUGUUCUGUCUGUCACUGCUCUCCAGGAUGUUUGGAGAUCAGUUACAUACAAACUCUUCUGUUUUAUUCGAUGUGGCUGCGUCUCGGUUGUGCCGAUUUUUAUUUUUUAUUUUAUUUUUUUUUAAUCCAGAGAUUAAUUUCAGCUGACAUCAUCAGACGUCUUCUUCUUCCAGGUGGAUGACAAUAAUCACAGAUCUGGAAAUAGAAUACAAUUCCAACUGGAAGAUUUGAACCAUUGAAGAACUACAAGCUAUAUUUGAUUAACAUUUUAUUUCUGAGAGAUCUCAAUGGUUGGGAUGUCUGUGUUAAACACUAUUACUUUUGGUGUGCAACAGUAUCAAAGCAUAUUUAUGUUUUGGAUGCUCAUCAUUUGUAUUCUUUGUCAUUCUCUGACACAGACUCGGCACCUCUCGACACAGUGAAUAAUAAAAUAUCACAAAAUGAAUUAUAUUUCUUUUUAUUAAACACAAAUGUCACAUGCCACUUUCUAAGUUAACUAAUAGUUAAUAUACAAAUAAAUAUAUUUUUAAGCAUUCA